CAGCCCUAGUGUCAGGGUUCUUCUCAAGGAGAAUUUUCUCAGAGGAUUUCCCAGAAAUCACACAGAGUGAGAGAAUGGUGGAGAAUUCCCUUUCCAGUCUAGCAAGUGAAGUCACAAAGGCCUAAGGAGAAAGUUCUAGAAGGUCAUCUGAAAACAGGAGCUGAGCAUCAGUCAGGAGUAGCCAGCAGGCCAGGCCUGUUGAGGGUCGGGCAGAAAAGCACCAAACCAGCUCUACCCGUCAUCUCUGCCCACCACUCUUUAGUCCUAUGGAAAAAACUAGGGCGGCCAUCUUGAGCGUGAGGCCCUUGCGAUAGACCCUUGAAGCCUAAAGAUCCUUCCAAGUCAACCCUGCCCAGUUGUCCCUCAGGUAGGAUUUAGAACAUUAGAAAAUCCCCAGCAGUGUCUACCAGUAUGGGGUCAAAUUCCCCAGCACCUUUCCAUGUUAUCACAAUCAUGCUGGUGCUCCAAGUCCCCACUGGGAAAUCCUUCAUACGUGCUGUCUGCAGCCACAACUCCACCUGCUUAGAUUUCAGGGCUUUGCCUGCGCUGUUCGGGCCCCCUCUUCCCACAGAGGGGCUCAAGGGGCUUCUGAUUGAGGCGAAGCCCGCCAAUGCGUGCCACCCCAUUGAAAGUCCACCCAACUCCUCCUCCAUCUUUGUGGCACUCAUCCGCCGGUACGACUGCUCCUUCGCCACAAAGGUCCUUCAUGCCCAGCAGGCGGGGUACCAUGCUGCCAUUGUCCACAACACCAACUCCCAAACCCUCGUGAGCAUGGUGAGCGAGGCGGACGCCAAGCAGGAGAUCCACAUCCCAUCCGUCUUCACCACCGAUAUGAUUUCCAAAGUCCUGAAGUGGCUCCAUCGCUCCGGGAAACUGACUUCAGUUAUCCUGAUCCCCGAGUAUUUCCACUUCACCUGGCAAGGUGCUUCCAGGACCACCCGUAUCUCCUCUUCGGAUCCCUGCCUAUGCCACAUUCAACUGCCUGGUCCUUGCUCACAAAUGGUCUAUCUCCACGCCUUUUGGAUAGUGUGCAUGCUCUCGAUUGGCGUGGUUGCCUGUUCAUUCAUGGAGAGAUAUUUCUUGCGGUGCUUAAAAUGGUGGAAGGGGAAAAGCCAGCCUCCCCAAGAAAACAGGAAGGAGUUUCCCAGCUUCUCCUUUACCAGUUCCACAUAUCAAGAGUGUGCCAUCUGUCUGGAGAAGUAUGUAGAAUGUGACAGCUUGAAGGUUCUUUCAUGUUCUCAUGCCUUUCACAGCAAAUGUGUCGACCUCUGGCAUAUCACCCAGGCCAGAAGUAAGACCUGCCCUCUCUGCAAGCAGAAGGUGAUGGUGGUCACCCGUUUACAAGCCACACGACUGUGGAAAGAGGGGAUGAGGGAAAACAGCCAAACAGUGUGGUCCAGCAAAAGCAAACCCAAUGAAGACCAAAGACGGUGUCCGUUGCUUUCCCAGCGGUUCCCCUCCCAGUUCUGAAUCUGACCAUUAUUGAAAGUCCAGGAACCCUGUUGGAAGACCAAACGGGAAACUGAAUCAUGGCAGUUGGAAAGAAUUGGUGGUAUGUGAAGUGUCAAAUUGUAUUGUUUUGAUUGUAAUUGUUAUUGAGAAAGUAGAUCUUGGCCGCUUGUAAACGGGAGAAGGAGCUGCACCAUGAACAUCAUAGCAAUUCCGAUAAGCAAGAUAAAUAGCUGUCCUGAGGGGGAACUGAGAGAAAUGGACAAUUAUGGAAUCGUGUGAGUCAUCUGAGGACAUCACCAUGUUUGACUCUGCUCCUCAAGUAUGCUGGCAACCAACGGCCUUCUGGGAUACAUCAGAAAAUACAGAGUGUUUAUUCAGCACUGA